AUGAUUAGGCUAGAAUUGUGUGAAGUCUCCAUUAAUCAUGAAGUACUAGAAAGUUUGAUAUCUAGCUGUCCGUUACUGGAGGAACUGGUGUUGCAUGUCCCAAACAAAUUUGACUACUUAGAAAUCAAUGCUCCUAUGCUAAAACUCUUGGCAUUGACAUGUCCCCCUGCAUCUGUUCGUAUUAAGAAAUCCUCACUUCUGGAAAUAGUGCAAUUUGUUGAAUGUAGUGAUUAUGCAGAUUACAACAUCAUGAAAUAUGAAAAUUACUUCAUUGAGUUAUUUGAUUCUCUGCCUUCCAUUCAGAAAAUGUGCACGGACUAUACGUUCAUGGAGGAAUUGGUUGAUUAUAAUUAA